AAUAAAUAUGUUAGCUUUAACUAUGAAUCUAAAUUAUCAAAUCGAUAACUAUUGUUUAAAUAUAAGUUUUUUAUCUUUAUUUAUAAGCAUGAUCUGUUAUUGGUUAAUCAUAGCUUUUCCUAAGAAAACAUUUUUUCUAAAAUUUGCUCAUUUUGAGGUAAGUUUAGCAAAUAUUUUAUUGGUUUACUUAUUAGCGUAUCGCUGGUUAAAAUAUUCAUAUUUCCCAUUAAGUAACUUAUAUGAAUCAUUACUUUUUUUAAGUUGGAGUUUAACUACUAUACAAUUAAUAUUAGAAUUUAAAUUUAAACACAAGCUUAUAGGGGCCAUAGCUAGUCCUGUAGGGACUUUAACUUUAGCUUUUUCUAGCUUCUUAUUACCAAAAUAUAUGCAAGAAGUCUCUCCAUUAAUACCAGCUUUAAAAUCCAAUUGGUUACUUAUGCAUGUAAGUGUGAUAUUAAUCAGUUAUGCUAUGUUACUAAUAGGGUCACUCUUGUCAAUUUUGUUUCUUCUUUUAUCUCGUAAUACUAAAUUAAACUACACGAAAAAUAAUAAUUUAACUACAACCUAUAAUGAUACAUUAAUUUUAAAAAAUGAAGAUAAACUAAAUUUAUUAACUACUAUUGACAAUUUAAGUUACAGAAUUAUUGGUUUAGGCUUUCCUUUUCUAACAAUAGGUAUUAUCUCUGGCGCAGUAUGGGCAAAUGAAGCAUGGGGGUCAUAUUGGAGCUGGGAUCCUAAAGAAACUUGGGCUCUAAUUACAUGGAUUAUUUUUGCUAUAUAUUUACAUACAAGAAUCAAUAAAUCAUGGCAAGGAGAAAAAUCUGCUGUAGUAGCAGGUUUAGGAUUUGUAGUAGUUUGGAUAUGCUAUUUAGGAGUAAAUUUUUUAGGUAAAGGUUUGCAUAGUUAUGGUUGGUUUUUAUGAUUUUUUUAUAUAAUGAAUAAGAAUACAGAUAAUAUAUAUCUUAUAUAUUGGAUAAAUAUAUGUUAAUAUCA